AAGAAGCAACGCAACUUUGACAAGCUGCUGAGUGACUGGAAGCUGAAGUUUGAAGACAGUCAGACGGAUCUGGAGGCGGCACAGAGAGAAUCUCGCAGUCUGAGCACCGAACUCUUCAAACUCAAGAACUGUUACGAAGAAGCUCUGGACCAUCUGGAGACGGUGAAACGAGAAAACAAGAACCUUCAAGAGGAGAUCCUGGACCUGACAGACCAGAUUGGACAUGGAGGGAAGACCAUCCAUGAGCUGGAGAGGAUGAAGAAGGUCCUGGAUGUGGAGAGGAGUGACAUCAAAGCAGCUCUGGAGGAGGCCGAGGGAAGUCUGGAGCUCGAGGAGAGCAAGACCCUGAAGUUCCAGAUGGAGCUGCAGCAGGUCCGGAGCGAGAUCGAACAAAAGAUCUCAGAGAAGGACGAGGAAAUCGACAACCUCAGGCGGAGCCACCAGCGCUCUGCGGAGGCCAUGCAGACGAGUCUGGAGGCGGAGGGGCGGAGUCGCAGCGAGGCGGUUCGUCUGAAGAAGAAGAUGGAGUGCGACCUGAACGAGAUGGAGGUUCAGCUGGGACACGCUAACCGUCAGUCGGUGGAGAGUCAGCGGAUCAUCCGACACCUGCAGACACAGGUGAGAGAGCAGCAGGUGGACCUGGAGGACAGAGUCCAGCUGUCCAAUCAGCUGAGAGAACAGAUCGCGCUGCUGGAGCGGCGCUGUUCGAUGAUGGCUGGUGAGGGGGAGGAGCUAAGAGAGAUCCUGGAACAAACUGACCGCACCCGCAAGAUGGCGGAGCACGAGCUGGUGGAGGCGGCGGAGAAAGUUAACAUGCUCUCGACACAGAACUGCGGUCUGUUAAACCACAAGAAGAAGAUGGAGGCGGACCUGACGGUGCUGACGGUGGAGGUGGACGAGGCCGUGCAGGAGAGUCGCAGCGCAGAGGAGAAAGCUAAGAAGGCCGUGACUGAUGCAGCGCUGAUGGCCGAGGAGCUGAAGAAGGAGCAGGACACCAGCAGCAUGUUGGAGAGGAUGAAGAAGAACAUGGAGUCCACGGCCAAAGAGCUGCAGGUGAAACUGGACGAGACGGAGCAGCUGGCGCUGAAGGGCGGGAAAAAGCAGCUUCAUAAACUGGAGACGAGAGUGAGGGAGCUGCAGACGGAGCUGAUGGUGGAGCAGAAGAAGAACGAGGAUUAUCACAAAGGCGUGCGUCGCUACGAAAGGAAAGUCAAAGAGCUAACGUACCAGUCGGACGAGGACAAGAAGACUCUGCUCCGGAUGCAGGAGCUGAUCGACAAACUCCAGACCAAACUAAAGAGCUACAAGAGACAAGCGGAGAGCGCCGAGGAGCAGGUGAGCUGCAGCACCGUGCGUUACAGGAAGGUUCAACACGAGCUGGACGACGCAGAGGAGCGGGCGGACAUCGCUGAAACGACCGUCAACAAACUACGCAUCCGAACUCGCCAACAGAGCAGCAAGGUCGCCAUGAUCGUUGAGUGACACUCUCUGGCGCCGCCGUGUGGCGUCUCCGACGUUUGGCGUCCGUGUGUUUUUUUCUGAUGUGUAUUUUUCCACGGAAACAGGAAGUGACGAGAGGAGCGAGGAUGACGGAGAGUCCAAGUCAUGGUUUUAUGAAGAAAGACGGAGGAAACGACAGCGAUCGCACAAAAUUAUUCCGACGAUGAUCGGAAGAUCGAACUUUUUUUACGAUCUUAUAGACGACUUAGAUCAUUCAUAACUUCCUUUCUUUAGCUCACUUUUAACUCUUUGGAUACGUAGUACUCUUGUGCGGAAGCGUAUCUGAUUUUUUAAAAAGGUUCUGUUUUUACGAUUUUUUUUUUACGUUUUUUUUGCUGGUUUCUGUAGAUGAGAAGCUCCAGAAGGAUCAUGUCGCCCUCCUUUUUAAUGACGUCACCAGUCUGUCUGCAUUUACGUGCAUCAUUUUAUAUCCAUGAAGCAAAGUCCUGAGGUUCCUGCGAUAAGUCGACAAACGAAUGAAAAGUCCGUCAGCAUCACUUAAAGACAGAAUCUCCCAACGUCUCAAACCCAAAGCAAAGUAAAACGACCGAGACAUCUUUGCUUUCACUUCAGUGAUCAGGAGGUGAAGCUUCUCCGCUUCAUCUCAUUCACUCAGAAAGUCUUCAAUCCCAAAAAAAGAAUCUCGCAAAAACAGACAAAAAAAAAUCUCCUUAAGACAGGGUU